CACGAGAACCGACAUAGAUACAAAAGAAAAGAAAAUAAUUUAAAAGACCAAAAGAGCCCCCAUUGUAAAACGAAGACCUCCGAAAUAAACGUUUAUUUUUCCCUCUAUCUGCCCUCUCCCCUCUCGAAACAUUUUCUUCUAUACUCUCUUAUAAAUUAUAGCUUUAUUUAUUUUUUUGUGUGGUGGCUCAAUCUCCCUGUACGGUUGCCAUUGGCAGUAGCCGAGAUCUGAGAUUCACGCGCCUAUAUUUGAUAUCACGCGCCUAGAUCUAGCAAGGAAACAAGUAUGGUGGUGAACGGGAGGCCGAUGAAGCGGGUGAAGAGACGAGUUACGGCAGAUCUCAGUGACUUCUUCACGUUCCCCAUCGGCGGUGAAGUGGCACCUCGUGGUCCCUUCAGAACCAGCGUGAAGAAGUUCCUGCAAAAGAACGCGCUCCUCCCGCCCCCUUCAUCGCUCUUCCCUCACCUGCUUACGUGGCAGGUACUCUUCCGCGUCGGAAACACCGUCGACGACGAUGGUGGCCCGUCAGUCCUGUUCCUGGACGUUGUGGAAGAGGACGUAGCGAGAUCCAGAUCCGUGUACUGUGACCAGUGUAGAGUCGUUGGGUGGAGUAGUAAUCCAGUCAGUGCAAAGCGUUACCAUUUCAUAAUAAAGGCAGAUGGCAAUUCAAUUGGUGGCUACAACAAGACAUGUGCAGGCUGCGGUGAUUUGCUCCAUAUGGCUGAUUCCAGGUGCAAGACAUGCAAUCAUAUGAUGACUACAGAAGAUGUUGAAGAUGGGAUGUAUCACCAGUUAGAGGACACUACCCAUCUAUUACAUGGUGUGGUUCAUGCCAAUGGUUAUGGGCAUCUUCUAAGAGUCAAUGGCAGGGAAGGUGGCUCUAAAUUGCUUUCUGGACAUCAUAUUAUGAGCUUUUGGGAUCGGCUAUGCACAACACUUGGAGUCAGGAAGAUCAGUGUGAUGGAUGUGUCAAAGAAGCAUGGGUUAGAGUUGCGGCUUCUUAAUGCCAUCACCAGAGGGCACCCAUGGUAUGGUGACUGGGGUUAUGAAUUCGGUGCCGGUAGUUUCUUUCUGUCUCAUGAUGCCUACAAGAUGGCAAUCAAAGACCUUUCUUCUCUACCCUUGUCCAUCUUUCAAUCCCAAGGGCGGAAGCCUCGAACAAUCCUGCAGGAUUUGAUUUCAUUUUAUCAGUCCUUAUCAGAGCGCGAGCUUGUGAAUAUUAGAGAUCUUUUCUGUUUUUUGACGUGUUUGAUCCAUGAUGUCCAAAAUUCUCAUUUGAAAGUUGAUUAUCCUCCUUGCAAGAAACGUUGCUCUGGUGACUCUAGAGUCUUGUGCGCGUGGACUAUUAAUGAUGUGGCACGUAUUGAAGAAGCUAUGAUCAAGGUGUUGCGUGCCGUUAGUGGGUCCACAUGGGUGAGUUGGCGUGCUCUUAGAGGGGCAGUUUGCAAAUUGGGCCCCCCCGAGCUUCUGGAUUACUGCCUCAGAGAACUCAAGGGGAAGCAGACAGCUGAGGGAAUGUUUGUCAAUUCCCGUUGCAUAUCUGAUUCUGGUGCAAUGGAAUACAGACUUGAGCCUGGAAGCAUGGCCAUGGAUAUAAAUUCCACUUCCAACAGUCCUAUGAGAAACUAUCCUUCUAAGGAGCAUCUUCUAAGGGAUCUGAAAUACUUGUAUGCAUGCAUGCUUCACCCCGAGUCAAUGAAGAUCCAUUUUCCUCCUCUAAAAAGAGAUCUUGCAGUUAUCUCUGCUACAGCUAUUCUGGAUUGCAAACAGUUUGUGAAAGAUUAUAACCCAGAGAAACUGUUAUUAGGCUCUAGACCAAAUGUGAUACAGCUACUGUGUGAGGUGGACCUCACAGAACAAUUUGAAGAACACAGCCCAAAUCCACCUCCCGAGAUACUCACACUGCCUCUAGAUGCCACCAUUGCUGAUCUGAAGAGGGAAGCAAUGAAAGCUUUUCAGGAGGCAUACGUGAUGUUCAGGAGAUUUCAGGCCGAAGAGCUGAUUGGCUAUGGAGGUGUUGAUGAAUCCACCCAAGUCAAGCUCUUAUUAGGUUCAACUGAAUUUGUCAGAAUUCGAGGAAGGUUUCUGGGGAAAAACAGUUUCUGUAGGUUUAAAACGGAGAGGGGAUUGGAGAGAUGGACUGUGGAUUGCUGUUGUGGAGCUCAGGAUGAUGAUGGGGAGAGAAUGCUGGCCUGCGAUGACUGUGGUGUGUGGCAGCACACUAGAUGUUGUGGAAUUCCCGACUCUGAAGCUGUUCCAGCCAAGUUCCUUUGUAACCAAUGUAGAGGAGGCGUGAAAACAAGUGGGCAUUCGAAGAAUGAGACGGUGGAUUCUGUUUUCAAGAGUGUGACUAACAGAAUCUAAUGUGCGCUGGAGAUCUUGUAAUCUGUAAAUGUUUUUUGUCUCGAGGGUUUUGGUGAAAUGUGUACAUAUUAACAAGGCCGGCCCUAAAAGAGUGAUUUCCGCGCACACUACUGUUUAUUCCCAGGGCCAACUAUGGACAUUUUCCGUGUAGUUUAUUUAUUUUAUCUCCAAGACUACGGCUGGGUGUAUGGCUGCCAGAACAGGAUCUGGGUUAUUUCUGAAAUAUUAAUUUAUGCGUUCAGAUCUGUAGGCCUGAAUGAAUGUGCUAUCAAUGUAUAUAAUUUGCUU